UUUCUGUCUCUCGUGUACGAGGCGGUACGAGCAUUUAUUAAUAGAGAUUAGAGUCCGCGUCGUGUGGUGCCGUGUGCAAACGCCCUCCCGCGAGAGCGAGACGCGUAAGAGAGCAGUCUGAGUCAGCCUCCGCAGCGGAAAAAUAAUUCUCCAGCCAAACACGCGCGAUUUUCGGGGAGGAAGAUCGAUAGUAAAAAUCGGCGGGCAGAUCGAGACACGAAACGUCACGGCGCGGUUUGGUGAUCGUGAUUUCCCGCCGGACUCUAUCGAUCAUCGCGUUAUCACGUCGAUAUCAACUAGUGCGUUGCAUCGUUGCAAGAAAAAAGCGCGUCCAAACCAGUUGAAUCGAGCCUCCCGAUGAGUCGUAUCGAUGAGUGAUCGACCAGAUAAGUGACAGCGGAAAUAGGGUGCUUGGUGAAUAACUGUCGGGAAUCCAUGAGUGCAUUGGUGCUGAGUGCGUGCGCGAUCGCCCACGGAUGACGUUUUCGCGACGAUCGGGCGUGUGCAUUGUGUUCUCCAUUGUGCGAUUUUAUGCGCCAUGGAUCUUACGAUUUAAUCGGUGUGAGAAUCGCUUGAGGAUCGAGAAUUAUCUCUUUCUGGAGUCUUCACUUCCUGCAUAAUCGAAUUGUUUUCUGAAAAAAUCAAUCUUCUCCAAAGAUCUCGAACGAGAUAUCUUCCUUAUUUUCGGAAUAAUUACUCUUCCUUUUAACAAAUCAAUCUUCUCCAAAGAUAAGAUUCUAACGAUAUCUUUCCGAAAAGUUCGCGUUGUCUGGUCUAGUGUCUAUGUUGUGGCAUAUGUGUGGCAUCAAUCGAAGUAAAACGCAUUCGAUGCGUGCACGUCACAAGGUCGUUUACACUUACUACGGAUCGAUUAGUCGUAUAAGUAGGAAGUGUUGAAACAUCCAUUCAAAUUCGAAAUCCCUCCCCACGGUUUCAUUAAAUUUUAUAAUCGGUUAGAUUUAAAAAUUCUAAAUCUUAUGUUUAUGCAAAGUGUUUCAGACUAGUUUCAGACUAGUAGCCACGCAAACUUCUGUACAAGAGCAAUAUCUCUGAUAACAUCUCUGAAUUAUAUUCGAAAUUAAUUGCGUCAUAUUUCUCAUAGUGUUCAAUGCCGUAAUCGUUUCUCUCAAUGGACGUGAUUGUUCAAUCGAGUCGCAUACGUUCUCCUAUUAAACUUCGCGUGAAAAGAUUUGUCGCGGUGAAAACCGCGAGCGCUAAGAACGGCGAAUGCUCGAGAACCAUAUAAGAAAAACACACGUCGAGUCGUCAAGCGUCGCGAACAGGCGUUAUGACGCGUUAAAAACGCAACAAGAGUUCGCGGUUUGCAUCUGGAAUCGUUCUGGAAUCGCGAUAACAAGAGCUGUCGCUAUCUCUGCACAGACUAUAUUGCGGACUGUGUAUCGCUAUAUACUGUUCCGCUCAGACAAUUCGCGAUAUACGUAUAGCGAAACGCUAUUAUGAUAUAGCGGACACCGAAGUGCGUGCGAGUGCGAAUCUGACGUACCUCGACUCGAAUGAUGAUAGUGCUGCUGUUGUGCAUCAUCAUGAAGAUAGCAGAGUUCUCCGCGGGCUGCACAAGUCUGCCGCUGACGACGAUGUCGGCGUCGGCGCGACCACCGCCUCACGCUUGCAACAGGCGGUGUAGGCGAUGCAAGCGGCACAGGAGCCCCUCAUCCAAACGCAAACAUCGUCGACAAUCCUGCAAUGACAAGUGUACUUUGCGAAAAUUUGCAGGAGAAGGUGCAGCAGUAAUGGAAGAUCCACAAACACCAGGGUCUGACUGUAACUCUAACCCAGCAACAGAUUCCAUUCAGCAGGAUCUGAUUGGCUCAGAGUUUGUUCAGGAUAAUGUUGAAUAUCAAUGGUUUAUUGAUUAUGGAUACAGGGAUGGGGGACUGCAUAUUCAUCCCAGUGUCCUGUCAUCGCUCUCUGCCUCAUAUUCUCCAAAAGAUUUGGGUUAUUAUGACGACCUUGCCCGUAAUUUGGAUGCUAACCUGGCAGAGAUUGAUAUGGAGAGUUUUCGUACCGCUGACAUUCACACCUUGCUUACAGCUUUACCUGUCAUGUGUACAGAACCGGUUCAACAUUCUGAGGGAGAAGACUCCGCAUGCUCCACCGCCGAUACGAUAUCCAUAUGCAAGUCGUCCUUAUUAUUUUCCCCGUUAAAAGAGACGCCAGUAUUACCACCUGGUGGUAGCUACAGUGUGGACUCAUUGGACUGUGAAGAUAUGUUGCUUACUUGUCAAACGAACAAUAAGAACAACUAUACCAUCGCUUUUGAAGGUAGCAUCACUAUGUAUUCGGAUGGCUCUCAAGAUUUUGAAAAUCAUGAUAAACAUAAGACAUAUGAGUCGCCAGAUCUAUCCUACGGUAAACAGAAAAAUGCGAAAGCUAUGCUGGAUUUAUCAAUGGCAUGCUCCGACUCGAAAAUAUACACAACGUGGAGUAAUUUGAAACACUCUUCUAUGAACAAGGCAAUAACUCGUCAUCCUUCCGGUAACAACAACACGAUGCCGGAUAUCUUGCAAAGUGCUGUUAAUCUGACGCUUGGUGGAAUAAGUAAACGAAGCCAAAGCUUACCGGAUCUUUCUCGCGUUCGAGAAUUCCAGCAUACCAAUAUUCCUCUGAAUUUUAGCGUUGAUUCCGCCGAAUCAAGUAACCCGAUACAACGGCUACAAAGCUCUGGGUCUGCGAUGAGUCGUUCGACAAAUGCGGAGAGCUCGGAUAAUGGAGAAAACGCUUGUAUCAAAAAAUUACAAAAUCUAAGUCUUGUAAGAUUGUUCAUGAAGCAAAAAAGCAUGAGUGUGGAGGGAAUGAGUCUCACUUUGGAUCAAUCGGAUUCCAUUAGUGAUAAUGGUUGGCCCACUAGCAACAGUGGCAGCGACAGCGCGACCAACACUAACACUCAAAUACAACGACAGAACCAAGGUAACAAUGGCGAUCGUAAUGUUUCGGAAGAUGAUUUCUCUAUAAAUUGGAUCAGGCGCGAUAUGGCUAAUCGAGAUACGGAAAAUCCAAGAGAAAUGUUGAACUUUCUAAAGUGUGCGUCACCUGCCAAAGACGAUAAGAUAGAAAUGACGUCAUCAGCGUCAGUGGAAGAGUUAUCGGAGAGUAUAUCCAAGUCGGGUUGUACAAGCGGUCAAAGAAGUUUUGAUAUAAUUAAUAGCCCAUUCGAGCAGCAGCAGCAGCAAAAGAACGGUUGGACCGGAUUAAUGGAGAAGAAAUAUCCUAUAUGUCGGACGACUGGGAUACAGGCAAACGCGGAAAUGGAGGAUAACGCGGUGCAAACCUCUUUAAUUUUCCUCUCGUCUACAAAAGAGCAGGGACCUCUCUUGCAAGAAACUAUAGUUAACAAAAAGCCCGUUUAUGUGGUGUAUCCCAAUUAUACAUUGCCUGAUCUAUCGUUUCUCAACAUCAAGGAUACCAAAGUUGACAACAUAGCGCUGAAGCCGCACACGUUCGACAAAAAUAAGACGGAAUGGAAGCGCACUGCUCGCACAAGUAGACCGUUCUCGUGCAACGACAUAGACGCUCUGCGACAACGCGGAUUUGCGCACAUCAAAGAUUGGGAGUCGUUAACGUUCCUUCUACCGAACGAAUACAAGAAAAUUUUGCACGACGUGCCGGAAGUUUCGAAACAUAUCAAUAUGAACGAAGAGGUCAGGAGACCACUGUUCUGUUUAUCUCCUCCGAUGCGACACAAGACUCGGCCUGUCAGUGAGAUCGUGCCGAACAACACCUCGUCGACGAGUAGCACCGCGACGCAACCAUCGUCCGGGUACAGAGGCUCGUCGACAAUUCUAACGGAUUCUUCGACAAAUCAGCAACAACCAUUGCCAAGCAAUGCAAUUAACCCGUUAUAUCUAUAUCGUUACGACAGUAUUAGUUCGGAGGCUAGCCUGGUGAACAACGACAAGAAAAUACACAGGCUAGUCAGUCACGCGAGACAACCUUGUCCAUCUCUUCCGAAACGAUCCGUAUCGUUGCCACAAGGUGACGGCGAACCUGAUUUCAAUAGCCGUGUCCCACCGCGACCACCAUUACCAAGGAGCAUUUUGCGAAAAAACAAAGUUCUCGCGAGUAAACGAUACAGCAUGUUCGAGAUGGGAGAUGUGGGCGAAUCGGAUGAACAAUCCGUGGAGGUAAACAAGAGAAUGUCUUUACAAGAACCAUAUUACAUGAACAACGACUUGCAGCUAUUGUGCCGCGGGAAAACGAUCGAUUCAGAAAAAGAUGUCGAUGAAACAGAGGAAGAAAGGUAUCAUAUAGAGAGGUUGAAUGAAGUGACUAACACGAAUGUGGAGUCGAAAACUUCUCAACACAGCGAUGACGAUGUUAAACAAUUGGAAGAUUACUUGAAACGUAGUGGUCUCUCGUCGCAGAGCAGCGACGGGGAUACCGAGAACGCCGACGUUAAACUGAGAUCGUACGUAAGGAAGUUUUUAGCUCUAAGAAUGAAUAAGGAAUCACUCGUUAGAAACGUCGACAUGGGUGAAUUGCAAAGAAAAACUGUUAGUUUUGCUGUACACCAAAGAAAAAAGCAUCUAGACCCCAAGCCAAAUAAUCUAAAUGUCGUUAUAAAUGAGCAAAAUCAGGAUCAAGUAGUUGAAGAUAGAUUAAUGGAGUUAGAGGAAAAGAAAAAAAUGGUGUCUUCUGUAAACAAAGCAGUCGAUCUUUUAUUGAAGUAUUGGAACGCCGACACUGAUCAUACUCGUCACAAUUACAAUGAGAAAAACGAGUGUGCACAGAUCUGUCUCAGUAGCUUAUGUCCGGCUUUAUACGCUAUAAUGUCGGAUGGUUUGAAACCCCAUUUAAACUCCACUUUUGGACCAAUUACUAAUAGCGUUUGGCAGGUCGUCGAAGCUAGUUCUCAACAAGGACCUCUAACGAAAACGUUGAACGAGCUAGUGCAGAGGAUCAACGGCGAAGAUGUUAUUACAGAAGGAAUGCUAAAGUUCCAUGCAUUUGUAUUUGGUUUGCUAAAUCUGAGAGCUCUAGAUGCGUGGUUCGCGUAUUUAUGUACCCGCGAGUCGAUCUUGCGGAAACAUUAUAAUAAUACUAGCUUGUUCGUUGGAGCCUUAGCUAAUUCCAGUGCUCGGGAAAUUGUUGAUUCGUUGUUAUACAUUUUAAAUCCGCUUGCAUUCUGCCCAUUUCAUCUGGAUCUUCUUUAUCAAUACCGUCAACUGCAAAAUAGCUUCGGGAGUAUAAAUAGUCACGUUAUGAAUGCCGUAAACUUUAGAAAUGCCGAUAUAUCUCUGAAGGAGCUUGAGGCCGAAAAACCUGAAUCCUACGGAAUGGUUCCUAGCCCGAAAAAGAUACGACCAAGAUCUUGCAUUGCUUACAACGUAGACGACAAAUGCGGCGUCAUACACAAAGGCGACCCACAAAACCUAAAGAAACGUUUCAGUAGUGCCCUUAGUUCAAGAGCGUUUUACGCGUUGGACAAAUUAACCUCCGAAGAUUCCGAAGAUUACACAGACAGUCUAGAACAUUCCCCCUUAAAUAGAGCGGUGAGUAAGCAGCCGCAACACUCGAAACUUCAAAGUCCUGAUACUAAAACGAGCGACGACGACGGUAUCACUGGCGAAACAAAAUUCCGGAAACUCCAGGAAAAGUGGGAAUUGAUGAUUGGCAAGGAAGGCGGUAAGAAUCAGCCCACUUUAACAACACCUCCAUCACCGAUCCGCACAUUCGGGGCACUAGGGAAAUCGAAGAUACCUCGAUUGCUUACGUCGCCAGUAAAGCAAUCCAAUACCACGCAGAUUGUUGGUAGACCAAUAAAGUCACCCGUAUCAGGAAUUCCUUCGUUAAAGAAACCUACCACGUUUUCCGCAACGAAGACGAUACCGAAGAAACCUGUGGAUACAAAAGUGAAAGACGUGACGCGUCGCACUAGCCGCGUUGAUCAGAAUGCAUUAGGCGCGCCACGAAUUCACACGACGCGACCGAGUUCUUUGCCAUACAAAUCGCACGGAAUAACGUCAAACGACAAGAAUCUAAUCUCGCCUCACAGACGAGCCGCCUCCACCUCUUUACCACGUCCAAAUGUUACUACUAUUUCGAGGAAUCCAGUUUCAAAGCCACCGCAUAGAGAAGUUCGUACCCUCACUCAUAGGAUACCGUCGGACACUGGUCACCUUUCGUUCGCAGAAGGAGAGAAACUGAAAGUAAUAUUAGAAGUAGAUAACAAGUGGUUGUUGUGUGCAAAAGGCGAUCGGAGGGGUUUGGUACCGCGAGCAUGCGUGCAUAGCGUUCCAACUUAGCCCCUCUCCUCGACAACAUUCGGUGAUCGCAAAUGCAACUGUGGUCUCACUCAACCGCGGCUAUAAUCUCACACACUCAAUGCAGGGCGAGGAGGAUCACGAGGGGACGAGCUUUUGAGAAGUUCAAAUUAUCUAAUCGGGGCGAUGUAACAGUGAUGUACAGUGUAAAAUUUGUUUUUAAGCCAUAACAUUAUAAAUGCAUUAUCACGCGCUUGUAAAGUUACUUUUAAUCGAAGUAUAAUCGACACCACUCACGUUUCUAUCGAAACGCGACAGUAGUAUUACCGCUAGAUAACGCCAUCGAGAACAUAGGAAUAUCACCUAGUCAUAAUAGGCUCUCGAACAACAUUAUUAUUUUUAUUAUCAUUGUUAUUAUUAUUUUAAUCAGGAAACGCGGUAGCGUCUCGCGCGCCAAGUAUUCUAGUAUCCACAUAAUACGAAAGACGCUACGGUGUAUCCUUCACAGAAACAAAGAUGCUUCUUUGAGAAUAAAUCGUUAUCAUUUUUAAGUAUUAGAUUUUACUUUGAGUAUAUAAUAUAUACGGACAUGGGAAUAACGACAACACAUGGCAAUGUUCGACGAUAAGAUGCCGGAACAAAAAACGGCAUAUAAUGACCUACAAAUAUUAUAAAUGUAACUGUGAUCCUAGCAAAUAGGCGAUUAAGUUUAUUAGUAUGAAUGCGCGAUGUAUAUUUCGUUCCGAUAUUUAUAUAUUGUAACUUUGUAACUUAUUAUUUAUGUCCGUACUUGACACAACAUCGCGCGUCUCUACGAUCCUUUGUUCUAAUUUUAUUCGAUGUACGAGCCAUCACGGCAUGCACGUUCGCGAUGGCGGCGAUCACAUUUUUUACAUGCUUCAUGUAUUUCCUGGUAUGUUAAGACAUACGAUAUAAUCAAAUAAAGUCUGUUGUGAAUUAUA